AUGCCUAUCAUAAUUGACUCUGUUAAUAUGUUGGAGGAUGUUAUUUUCCUCGAUAUUGACAACAUUGUUCCUUCCUGGGACACAUACUGCUUUGCACUGGAUAUCCACUCUCCUGGACGCAAGAGAGUUGUGUUACGCUUCAAAGAUGCUCAAAUACUUCAGUUGAAAAACGGUAAGGAUGAGGAAGACAACUCACCACUGGCAGAAGAAGGGACGGUGGCCGAGGCAUCAGAGGAUGAUGAAGAGUUGGUGGUCGAGACAUGGGAGAAAGAGUCAGCGGUCCAGACUUCAGAAGAUGAGGAAGAAGAGUUGGUGGUCCCAGUUCCCAUUCCUCUCGCCUCUCCAUGUGACCUUCUUACCAGGCGCCUCGAGAACCCCAAUCCAGAUCCAGGCAAUCCCACUGCACCAUGGCGCUACUACGUGCGUCCAAUUGAUGAAACUCAUCUUAGCGCCAAAGCUGAGAAAAGAUAUGGUGAAGAGGAGCUCCAGGAGAGGUUCAAGAAGCCACGUAAAGUUUGA